AUGCUAGCUCUUGUCCUCUUGGCCGCAUCUGUCUUCGCUCACACUAUCCACGAGAGCCAGUUCAAGCCUAAGGAUAUCAUCACCAAGGAUGUGGCCGUUAUUGGCGGAGGCGCAUCUGGCACGUACGCCGCUGUUCGCCUCAAGGACAAAGGCAAGACAGUCGCUUUGAUCGAGCAGAAAAACCAUCUCGGCGGUCAUGUUGACACUUACACCGAUCCUGCCACUGGUAUCCCGAUUGACUACGGUGUCAGAGCCUACGUCGACUUGCCAGGUGUAAAGGAAUUCUUUGGUCGCUUUAACAUCACUACAGUGCCCAUCGCCAACCCUCCAUUCCAGAAUGUCUACAUCGACUUCACCACGGGCAAGGUCGUGGCAGGCUAUCCCAAAGGCGAUCAGACGGACGUAGGGAUCGCCCUCACCGUUUAUGCCCAGCUAGCAGCCAAGUACAACGACUACUACUUCCCAGGAUUCUGGAAGCUGACCACAGACCCUGUGCCCGAGGAGCUUUCCAUGCCAUUCGGCCAACUCGUCAAGAAGUACAAUCUGACCGCAGCGCUCCCUGUUAUCUGGACAUUCGCCUCUGGUGUUGGUGACUUCGAGAACGUGCCGUCCUUUUACGUCUUCUACAACUUUGGCGCAGCAGUUGUGCAAAGCGUGCUCACUGGCACCCUGAUUGUCCCUAGCUCCCACAACAACAGUAUGCUCUACGCCGCGGCGCAGGAAUACCUUGUGUCCGACACCCUGCUCAACAGCAUAGUUUCGCACGCUAGCCGUGAUGAUAAGGGCGUCAAGCUCGUCGUCAAGACACCAACUGGGACGAAGCUCAUCAAGGCAAAAAAGCUACUGGUGACUAUCCCGCCAACAGAACAAAACAUGUACCCGUUCGGCUUGGGAAACAGGGAGAAGUCGAUCUUCGCUAAGUGGCGAUGGGAGAAUUGGUACAUUGCCAUCUUCAAGGGCUCGGGUCUGCCAGCCAACCUCACCCUCGUGAACUCGCGACCCAAUCCCGGCUCGCUCUACGCACCAAAGCCCAACUUCGUCGGGAGUUACACCUUCACCGGCAUCGGGGAUCUCUACUCGACACAGGUGGUAGGCAAACGGGACCUAAGUGCGAAGGGCGCCAAGGACCUGAUCCGCGCCGGCCUUCGCAACAUCAACACCGCGGGCACUUACGCCACCAAGCGCAUCGACUUCGUCGCCUGGGCCAAGCACGCCCCGCUGCAGCUGGAGGUGUCCGCCAAGGAGCUGGUCUGCGGAUUCUACAAGGAGUUGUAUUCACUACAGGGGCGGAAGAGCACGUGGUACACAGGUGCGGCGUGGGCGCCGGAUUAUACGAGUAUUUUGUGGGUGUUUACGGAGGCGACGAUUCUGCCGGGUCUUUUAGCUGGACUCUGA